AUGUCGUUUCUGCGCAUUUGAUUGUCAUUUGUCAGCUCAUUGUGUACUUUGAAGUCGUGUCAAAGACAUUUUAAGGUUAUUGUGACUUGUUCACUUCUAAAUAAUUAAAUAUUAGACUUUUUUUUGCAAUUUGGGGUGAAAUGACCAGCCCAAUACCAGAAGAGCACAUCCGACAUUGUAUGCUUUUUGAGUUUCGCAAGGGUAGUAACGCAAUAGUUGCGACCAAAAACAUUUGCGAUGUUUAUCCAAGUGCAUUAGACGUUCGUAAAUGUCAAAGAUGGUUCUCUAAGUUCAGAUCCGGUAAUUUUGAUCUCUUUAAUUCCUAUCGAUCAGGAAGACCAAUAACAUUAGACAACGACAUGCUAAGGGCAGAAGUGGAAGCAAAUCCAUGUCAGACAAUCGAGGAACUCUCAAACACCCUUAAUCAACCUUGGUCGACCAUCCAAGAACAUUUGCAGCAGAUUGGAAAAAUAAGCAGAGCAGGUGUUUGGGUCCCCCAUAAUCUGCCCGAAGAGAACAAAGCCAAUCGAUCCAUCACAUGCAAAGUAUUGCUUCAACGGCACCAUACAGAACCGUUUUUUGAUCGCUUGAUCACUGGAGACGAAAAAUGGGUCCUAUAUGAUAAUUCAAAACGCAAAAGGCAGCGGCUCUUUUCAAAUGAAUCACCAAGAAGUACUGCGAAGCCGGCUUUACAUCCCAAAAAGGCGCUUCUGUGUGUUUGGUGGAGUAUAUGCGGAAUUGUUCAUUUUGAAAUGCUGAAACCUGGACAAACUGUUAAUGCAGAUCUUUAUUGUGAACAAUUGGAUCGAGUGAAUCAAUCUUUAAUCGAAAAGUAUCCGGCAAUUGUCAACAAAAAAGGCGUUAUUCUGCAAGACACGCACUGUACAAGACGAACCUUGGAAAAAAUUAAUGAAUUGGGGUGGGAGGUACUGCCUCACCCACUAUACUCCCCCGAUAUCGCACCCUCGCAUUUCCAUUUAUUCCGAUCGCUACAACAUUUUCUUAGUGGCAAAAAAUUUGAAAAUUUGGGUGAUGUCGAAAAUGCCAUCUCGAGUUAUUUUACUCAAAAACCAAUUGAUUUUUAUCGGUCUGGCAUUGAAAAUUUGCACAUUAGAUGGCAAAAGGUUGUUGAUAACGAAGGUGAUUACAUUAUUGAUUAAAAAUAAAAACUUGUUAAAAAUUUAUUCGUUUGAAUUUAAUUUAAGAAAGCGACAUUACUUUCCGGUCCAACUAAUAUAUAAACUUAAUCUAAUUAGUCUAUAUAUACUAUACAAACAACACAUCACACAACAUAUAUAAUAAGAAUGAAGAAAUUUAAGAAAAGAAAAAAUAGAUCUGAUCAUUUUUUCCUAUAGGAUUACAUAGAUAAAUAAUAUGUAUAUUCGCUUAAUAUUAUAUAAUAAUUAUAAAAGUUAUUAAAAGUAACUCCUAUUGAAUAUAAUUAUUAUAAGGACUUAAUGAGAAUCAUAUUUUUCAUGAUAUUUUUUUUUCACAGACAUGAAAUUUAGUUCGACUUUCGUUACUUACCACCUUUACAUUUCUGUAAUUAUUGACAUAUUACGAAGCCAAAGAUAAUCUUCCAUAUAUGUAUUAAAAAAGCAAAUUAUAUCAUUUAACAUAAUCGAAACAUAUAUUGUCAUUUUAUUUAGUUAUUAUUAAAAUAUUAUAUUUUUUAUGUAGUUCCAAUACAAAUUAAUGAAUUGUUCUUUUCAUAAUAUCGAAGGGAAAGUAUGCUUGAGCAAUAUGUUGAAUAUGUAUGAAAAUUUUCUGUUUUAUUGGAUGACGUCUUUGAUCCACUGCGAAAGAAUGAAUUUAUCAAUAUUUAUAUCUUUAAUGUAUAACAGUUAUAUUGUGAUUCCACUUACUUAUUAGAAACUAAAAUAUUAUCUUGCGUGGACCAUAAACGAACUAUGCCAUCGGCACUGGCGCUAGCAAUAUACUGUCCAUCUAAACUCCAAUCUACAUUCAUGACUGUAUCUUGAUGACCUUUAAGUUCAGUCAAUAAUGAAUUAGUUGCUAAAUCCCAAAUUGCAAUAGACUUAUCAUCUCCUACAUAAAAUAAAUAAAAUAGAAAUUUAAAAAUAAUAUAUAGGCAUAAAAUAUAAUUAUAAUGCCUUUUUGUUAUAAAUAUUUUUACCGGCAGCAGCUAAAUAUUUUCCAUCUGGACUAAAAGCUAAACUAUAAAUAGUCGAUUGAGCACCAACGUAUACUCUUAAUAAAUUUGCAUCAUCUUUAUCCCACAAUCUGACUGUUUUGUCCGCUGAUCCUGUUGCUAAAUACCGAGCAUUUGGAUGAAACUUUAUGCUCUGGAAAUGAUAUUAUUAUUAUUUUACAAGAAAUAUUCUUUCUUUGGUGAUAUAUGAUAAUAAUAAUAAUAAUAAUAAUAAUAAUAAUAAUAAUAAUAAUAAUAAUAAUAAUAAUAUUGACAAAAUUUGUACACACAUUUACGUCUAAAAAAUGUCCUGCAAAUAUUCUUAAUGGGAAUUUUCUAUCUAAAGACCACAAUUUUGCUGUUCUAUCAUGAGAUCCAGUUGCUAUAUACAAAUUAAAUAUACUAGUAUCCAUGCACCAUAUAGGAUAGUUGUGUCCACUAGAAAAAAGAAAUUUUAUUUAUUCCUAAUAAAUAUAUUUUUGAAUAAGUUAUAUCAAACAUAAUGUACAAUAUAUAAAUUAUUGCCGAAUUUGAGCAUUUGAAUUUCAUGACCUGUUUAAUAUUUGCUAUUUUCAAUUGUAUAAUAAAUAAUGAAGCUCAUUUUUAAUACAAAGAAAAAUGUGUAUUUUAACAUUUUCAAUAAUAAAGAAGCGUGUUUUCAACUUGUUUUUAUAAUUAUACGUUAUGAUAAUUCUGUGCACUAGCAAUAAGGUACUCAGUGAUAAUUACAUGCGAAAAUAGUCAAAAUGUAAAUAUGUAAAUAAAUUGAUCAUGAAUCAAUUUCAUAAUAAUAUUGUUUAAAUUAUGCUAUGCUACUUACUUAUUGAUUUUUUCUCAUCAUUUUUUAAUCAUUUGCAAGGACAAUUUUAUAAUCAUACGUUACAACCUUGCAACGUUGAGUUCAAAUAUAUAAGAUGAAUCUGAAAGUAUUUUCUUUUUUAAGGAUUAUUAAUAAAUUAUGAAUAAAUUAUUAAUAAAGCAGGUCAUAUCGUCCAAAGUGCACAAAUUCGUUAUUAUAUUAUAGACAGAACACAAAUACAGUAAUUAAGGGAGCUAUACAUACUUAUAUAUAGCAGCACAAGUAUAAUCGUGCAAUCUCCAUACUCGCAUAUUUUUAUCGCUAGAUACUGUUAAAAGAAGAUCUGCAUUUGGAAUAAAUCGCAUGUCAUGUAUUACAUCAGUAUGUCCCCUUAAUACUAUUGCUCCUGCUUCGUCUCUAAAGAGAUUGUUUUCACUGAAUUUGUUCCAAGGUGGAACGCUACGAGCAAGUGAAAUAGAUGGUUCUCUAAAAUCUGGUUUAACUAGUACUGUCUCACUUGUACCCCAUAAUCUUAUUUCAGCAGUGCUAAAUCCUACGGCAACUUUAUCUAAAUUGGAUGCCACCAUACCGCAGCUUGCACUGAAAAUUAGAAAAUAUAUAUUUAAAAAAAAAAAAAAAAAUAGUGAUAUUUAAUAUCUGUAAUAUUUAUUAACUAUAAUAUUUGACCAUAAACUAAUGUACUGUUCAUAUUUUUUAUGAUUUAAUAAAGAAAAAUUAAUACAUUGUG